UGUGAAAAAAUAGGCCCAGAAAUGGAUUGGGUUAAAUGAAUCCAUUUCACAUUGUUUGGUUGGGCCGGAAUGGAAACCCAAUCCGUUUCUUUUGUUAACCCAUUCCCCUCAUUUGUUACCAGUCAUUAAUUUGGAGUAACAAAAGAGGAAACAUAACCCUAAUCUAAAAAAACUCAAAGCCGACCUUCUCUCUCAUCUCUCCACACUCGCAACUCCAAAUUUUCGCUCUCUCUCACUAUCUCUCGCGUCAAUUGGGAUGGUUUCUGACACAAUAAGUCAAGCUAGUGAAUAGGGCAGCAGUAGAGGGAGAGGUAAAAACAAAAGGUUUUGGACCGUACAGGAAGAUAAUGUGCUCAUAAAAUCAUUGCAUGAGCUGGCUAGUGAUCCUAGGUGGAAAGGUGAAAGUGGAUUCAAAAGUGGGUAUAUGAAUAAGCUAGAGGAGAUGAUUAAACGUGAGCUUCCUGAUUGUGGUUUGAGAGCCGAUCCACACAUCGAGUCAAGAAUAAAGCAUUGGUCGGAGAAAUACUCUGCCUUAGCAGAGAUGUUGUCUCUUUCGGGAUUUGGGUGGGAUGAUGAGAAGAAGAUGUUGCAAGUGGAAAAGAAAGUGUUCGAUGAAUGGGCAAAGACUCAUAAAAGAGCGAAGGGAAUGUAUGGAGUACCUUUUCCUCACUAUGACAUACUUGCUGAAAUCUAUGCUAAAGACAAAGCAACAGGAGAUAAGAGCGAGUCUUUUUAUGGAGCAGUCAAGAACAUGAAUUCUGAGAUUGAAAAGGAGCCAUUAACUCUAGAGAGUGAUGAGGAGGAUGAUGCCAUUUCUACAACUCAAAGUCGGAAGCGUCCAUUGAAGAAAGAGGUUGAUCUUUCAACUCCCUUGAAGAAACCAAAGAAAUUGAAGGACUUUAAGGAUAAGGGACAGAAGAAAUUAUAUGAAGGUGAUCAACUAGUUGCUUCCCUUCAUAGUGUCUCAACAAAUUUCAGCACCAUUUUCGAGAACAUCAGUGCUAAUCUUGCAACCAUGGCUAGUACGUGGUCAAAAGCUGAAGAAAGGGAACAACAAUUGGAUGAAAAAAGUUAACAAGAUAUUGGAGGAGGUUAUGAAGUUAGAAGGUGUCUCUCCAUCUGAAGCCUUGGAAGCAGCAACAAUUCUGAUGGCACAUGAACAUAAGCUCAGAAUUUUUUAUCAAGCUCCGGUGAAUCUUAAGAAGCAAUACAUUCUUGAUCUCUUAGGAAAAAAUAGAGCUAGAACUUUUAUAUCAACUUUAUGAUGUAUUUUCUUUUUAUAACUUUAGACAAUCUAAUUAAUCAUGACAGAUUCUAUGUUUCCAGAAUCGAAUUUGGUUCAAGGGUUCUAACUCUAUGUCUAGCUUAAAUGCAGAAAAAUAUUAGAAAAAUAGUUGUGGAGUAAUAUUAUGUUUUAUCAUGGCUGAUUUUUUA